AUGAAAAGUUGGAAACCAAUUUCGAACCACACUUCUUUCCCAGCUAGCAAAGCCCAAGCAAACCCGACGACCCGAAUUCUCCACAGGCGGAUUAUGCAUAACUACUACUCUCCCGACCUGUUUUACGCGACCCGGAUAGUAAAAACAACGUCCUGGUCCCCGCACGCAACUUGUUCGACGAAACUCCCCAACGAACCGUCUUCUUCUGGAACUCCAUCAUCCGGAAUCCACGAAUUCCGUGCCCCAUUCCGGCUGUUUGAACGCAUGCUGCGUUCUGAAAUCCGGCCCGAUAACUUCACUUCGGCUGCAUGGCCCGAUAAGACAUUGCGGGUCGUACAUGUGAAAGUUGUUUUUCCUUCUGGCUCGGCUAAGAUUUUAAUUACAACAGCACGCUCGUGGGCUGUUAUCCGAAAUCGGGCUUUUUUUUUUUGUGAGGCCCGCCAUGUGUUUCGUGGGAUUAACGAGCUCGAUUUGGUUCUAAUGGAACGCGAUGAUUUCUGGUUACAGAACUAG